GGCAUGUGGUGAAACGUGUGAUGCUCGGAAGUGCGACCACGGUUGGGCACCGCGUGUUCUUCGGGUUCUGAAGACGUCUUUGGUAACUCUCUGCCGUCACACGCACCGCAAUGGCCGACGAGGGCGACUUCGAGCCUGAUGAUGGCGGGGAUGACUUCGACGAUGCUGACGACGGCGCCGACGACCUGGACGAACAGAUCGAGGGCGAGGGCGAGACGGUGGCGGUGCUGCCGUCGGGCGAGGGUGGGCAGGCGGCCGCCGGCGCCGAGCGCCAGACCACGCCCUUUAUGACGAAGUACGAGCGCGCCCGUGUGCUGGGCACGCGUGCCCUGCAGAUCGCCAUGUGCGCGCCAGUCAUGGUGGAGCUGGAGGGCGAGACGGACCCGCUGCAGAUCGCCAUGAAGGAGCUCAAGCAGCGGAAAAUCCCGAUCAUCAUCCGCCGCUACCUGCCCGACGGCAGCUACGAGGACUGGGGCAUCGACGAGCUCAUGAUCGUAGACACGUAGGCGGCCGGCGAGGCAAGGCCGGUCGCCUCGCGUCCGCCGGAGAGGCGGGAGUGGCCUAGGCUGGGUGCCGGCGGUUGGAGGAGGGGGGCUCCGCGGCGGGCCGCGUGGUCACCGCCUUGGAGGUGUCUUGAAUCCAUCGUGAGCAUUGCUAUCUGUGUUUCAUCAAUACAUCAUCGUGUCCUU